AUUCUCACUGUAAUUAAAUCAGAAAGGAGACAUCUAAAACAACAUUAUUAAACCAGUCUAAUUUGUCCAACUGCAUGCUCAUUAGGAACAUGAUUACUUAAAUUUUUCUGUUUUUCAUACUAAAUAUUUAGGAAGUCUUCAAGUUUUGUUUAAAGGUACUGAAGUUUUCUUUCUAUUUUUCUCUCUGCUGUCAAUUUGCAUCUCAUUACUUAUCUUGUCAACUUGUAAACAAGGCUAUUUUUGUAGUAAUUUUCCAGUCAGAUUGUGGGUUGAGCUAGAAGCACAACUUUAGAUUUAUUAACACCUUAUUUUGGGGCACAAAGCUCUUUUGUACAUCUUUACCUGGAUUAUUCAUUUAUUUAUGCUUUCCUAUUUUCUUUUGAGAGGAGAGAAAGUAAAAGUUAUGCACCCAGAACUUUUUAGAUUUCUUGCAGGGAUCAUUAAGCUCUAAGCAAGUCAAAAGCAAUCAUUCUCUCUCCAUCACAAAUUCAGGCUUAUUUGUAGAACGCUUGUACCAUUCAAGCAAAACACAAAGUCUCUACCCUUUGCUCUAAAACCGUUUAAAAACAAUUUCAAAUUUUAUUCAUUGUGUAUAUUUUGUCCUCUCUCAUGGUAAAUCUGUCUGUUGGAAUUAGAUAUCCUUAUAUAGUGUGUUCAAAUGACAGCUCUUAUGGCCUGUUAGUCUCUAAUAGUAUCCCAAGGGACAGAGAAAGUUUAUAAUUGUAAAUAGACUAUUGUAGAAAGCUGUACCUUCCUUUUUGAGGAGGAAAGAAGGCUUUUAAAAAAAUACACUAAAAGAACCAACAGCUUGGUUUUAUAACAUCAGCCACAGAUGGAUCAAAUGUAAUCCAAGUACAAAAUCUCACUGGCUAAUGCAGCUCCAAAUUUCCAAUAUCUGCUCUUCACUCCGGUGGGCACGAAAAUAUUUUUAUUUUGAUUUGAAUCAGAGUGGCACACAACAUGAGAACAGCAUAGAGGGUUUCACCAGUGGUAAGGCAGCAAUGAAAUAAAUGAGUACUAUGGGGAGUAAUAUGAGCAACUUUGCAACUUACUAGUGAAACCAGUCAUCAGUUUGACUAAAUCAAGCUCUCAAGACCUAAAGGCAAAGAAAGAUGUAUCUCAAUGACAGGAGCUAACAGAAUGCUUAAGACAAAUGUAAAAUACAAUCAAAUACACUGUCAUAUGUUACCUCAUAAGGACCAGACAGACCAUUAAAAACUGUAUUACCAACAUUGCUGCCGCCAAAAGAGAAAUAGUGGUUGUGUACAAAUCAGAACUAGCAUGAAAACCAGACUUAACCAGGAAACAAAAAACCAAACAGUUAUAAAAAAGAAAUAGAAUCAACUAAAUUAAAACCCUAUUUCCACAGAAGAUUCACCCUAGGACUGGAAAAAGUUAUAACUCAAAGAACCGUUAAGUUACAGUUUACUUGGUUCUGGCUGGCGAAUACUUACCCCUGGUAGAUAAAUACAUAAAAUCUUGGUAGAAUCUAUAGAAUUGUCAAGGAGAUACUCAGAGACAAAGCACUUAUUAAGGAAAAGUUUACUUUUAAGAAACUUUUGUAAGAAACUCCCAAGUAUAAAAGGACUGGUUCACCAGAUAAAAAAUACAAGAGUUGGGGGCGGGCGCCAGAGUGGCUCAGUUGGUUAAGCGUCCGACUUUGGCUCAGGUCAUGAUCUCAUGGUUCGUGAUUUUGAGUACCACAUUGGGCUCUGUGCUGACAGCUCCGAGCUUGAAGCCUGCUUUAGAUUCUGUGUGUCUCUGUGCCCCUCCCCUGCUCACGCUCUCUCUCUCUAAAAUAAAUAAAUAAUAUUUUUUUAAAUGUUAGGAACAACCCCACAAAAUUAUCAAUACUAUUAGCUUGUAGUUAGUCCGCUCAUGAUAGAAAAGAGCAAUUUUCUCAAAUGGCUGUCACAGCUACAAAGGUUAUCACAAAUCAACAUUGUAAAAGUUGAUAAAAUUGUGUUUAUGAGGGAGUCAAUACUUAUAAACAAAACUUAAGGAUUCUUUUAUUUUGGGACAGUGAACUAGACACAGUGACCCUGUUUUUGUUUCCUUGUUUUGUUUCUCUCAGGGUGCAAGUUGUUUUAUUUUCUGAUUAUGAUGUAUACACACACUGAUGCAGCAGAGCAAUGUGUCAAGUUUUGCUUCAACACAUGCUUCUUUUGGUCCUUGGUAGUUGAAAACCCGUUCACAAACAAAUACUGAGGUAGUUAGUAUAACUUAAAGGAAAAGAACUAACAAUACAGUGGGAAAAGGCCAAGUUUAAGGGGGUAGUUUGGAGAGUCGGUUUUUUUAAAAAGAAAUUGCCAUAUCUCUGUGGACAAAAUAAUAGAAACUUUGGAUUAAUGGGAUUAUAAUACUAAUGACUAAGACAAAUCAUAAAAAUUUGAUUUUGAUUGAGGAAAAAGACAGAAGGGGUAGAACAAAAUUAAAUUUGCCAAGCCUUUCAGUGAGAAGUUGAGUCUGACUUUGUCAGACUCAAGGAAAAAAUACAGGUAGAAUUCCGUACUUCAAGAAUUUGUAAAUACUAAGAGGAUUGAGGUUCAUUUAAUCCAUAUCCCUUUGAUGAAACUCCUCUUCCAAACAGCCAGACACCUUGGAUUUUCCCAGACACUUGUUAGACCAACUUUUCUCAGGAUGGAAGCUGUGAUUCAUUAGUGGAUCCUGACAUUGAUUAGUAGCGAAUUGUGACCAGAAGUUUGUUUUUAUUUUUUAAAUUUUUUAAAAGUUUAUUUAAUUCAAGAGAGAGAGAGAGUGUGUGUGUGUGUGUGUGUGAACAGGGUAGGAGCAGAGAGAGAGGGGAGAGAGAAUCCCAAGCAGGCUCUGCACCAUCAGAGCAGAGCCUGAUGCAAUGCUUGAACUCAUGUACCAUGAGAUCAUGACCUGAACUGAGACCAAGAGUCAGAUGCUUAACCAACUGAGCAAUCCAGGUGCCCCCAUUUUUUAAUGAAAUAGAGUAUAAAAUAUCAGAAUACAUUAUGUGUGGUACUUCUCAAGUAAGUAUUGAGACUUCUACUUUAGGUAGGAUUUAGUAGAAAGACGAGGCUUCCACUGAAACAGAUAAAUUAUGAAGUUACAUGUGUAAAGUCAUUGGAAAGUCAUGGACACAACAAAGCCUAGAUGAACUAAAUUUCUAGAAAAGGAAGAGCUCUCAUGAGUGAGCUGACAAUCCCUGGAUGUUUUAUUCCUUAGAUCAUUUACCAAUUCUGGUCAUAUUGACUCUGUUUUUGGCACAGAGACUCUACUGGGACAAAGAGAAGCCAGGAUAUGGUAAAACAGUAAAUGCAAAUCAUGGAUGAAAUGUAUAAGAUCGCUUCCACAGAAAGGAUCCAGCAGUUAGAAAAAGAACUGGCUUUGCAACUGACUGAACUAAAGUCUGAGAUAGAAGAACAGGAGACUCAUCAAGCUUACAGCUCUAUUCGAAUGCCCAAGGACAUUUCUUACUUUCGAAGAGAAAGGGAAUUGGCUCUAAAGAAAACUUUACAGGUGGCUGAGUCAAAGCCCCUUGUUGUUCAAGCAGAUGUCAUGCAGAGGGAGCUAGAGAGCUGCCUAAGAAGAGAGUACACUCCUGAAAAUUUACCUUUGCUUCUGUUGCAGUAUUAUACAGAGAGAAUUACCCAGCUGGCCCAGAGUAAAUAUUUACACAUGCUUAGAUGGAAGAGGUUUUGCCAGCACAGUAAGAUUAUGGAGCAACUUUAUCCUCUUUACAAGAAACAAGUUGCCUACAUUAUGCAGGAAUACAAUGAUGCCCUUCAGAGAGCUGAAAGAUUGUCUGUUGCACGAGAAAACUUCCUUCUGGGAAAAAACAAUCCUUCUAACUUAGUGACACAAGAAGACCUGACUAUUUACACAAAGUGGAUUGUGUGUCACCUACACUCGCUCAGGACUGUUCACCACUACCUACGGUCCCUCCAGUAUUUGCCCAUCUCCAAAGUGCUGAGUGUAGCUAUUGAUGAAUUUCCUGAGGCUUGUCAGGAGAAUGAAAAUGUAUGUGUUGAUGACAUCGACCCUAAUAUCCAGAGUUCUGGAUCUCUAGACCCUGUGGAUACCAGCAUUUCAGGGCUGACAAGAACAGAAGCUGCUUUCUCCCUGCCCCAACACAUGACUGAAAGAGAAGGACUGAAACCCCAGCUGAGGCUCCUGCUCUCCCAUUUUAAUAUCCCAUAUGACGUGGAAGAGCUAAGGGAUGCUACUAAGGAAAUGGAACUCUUUAACCUGGUUUCCCAAAAAUUUCAAAGCAUCUUUAUGGAGCAACAGAGAAUGCAAACAUUUCCAGACUAUGAUGCAAAGAUAGCUACUAUGGAGAAUUUGGGUUUGGCAGGACCUGGUAUGGCCUUGAAAAAGAAAGCUAACUGGAUUUCCUUUAUAAAGAUUAAGCCAAAAUGUGAUCCUUGGCAAAAGAAGAUGUUGACCAAACUAAAAGAACGGAAAAGAAUUGAUGCAUUAAUGCAACUCCAAGCAAAGUUUUUGAAGAUUUCCAGCCCUGAGCGAGUUGUGCAAGUGCUCCAAGACCACGCGGCGAAGACAGUCAUGCUGGCUCCAUCUCAUCCAGCUUUCGUGGCUUCCCAGAGUUUGCAUCAGUGCAACUAUGACAGUAUCUGGGAGGACAUUUAUAACAACAUCAACCUGUACCAGAAUGAAAAUAUGAAGGAAGAUGACCUUGCGAUGGAACAAAAUGCAAAUGACCCAGCACAAAUAAGUCUCUGCCAACAUGCUGAUAAGCCUGUCAAGCAGAAAAAAGAGAAAGGAUACAGCUAUGCAAUGGCCCUACAACUGCUCGGCUUGGACGAUGGGACUGGGCCCAGCGAUAGGGAUCCUGUCCUGACGAGGGGGACCUACUUGUCCUUUCUAUAUCUGCGCUACCUGCGAAUCAGGGAGCUGCAGCGCGUCUGUUUAGGAAUUCUGAACUAUUUCAGAUCUGUUGAACGAACGCUGACAAUCAACACUUCAGGCCUUACCAUGGUUGCAGGGAGUCUGGUCCCCACCAUAGAAGACAGUUCCCGGGUAAACAUGGCAAAAGGAGGCUUGGGCAUCUUGCAAGGCCUGGGAGCUCACUGCUAUGUCCACGGGACAUCUGCUGAGCACAAGGUCCACAGCAUCCAGUUCAUGGAGUUCUCAGAAGUGGAGAACCAGGAUGACUACUACAGCAUAGACGCGGGUUACGUCUACACCCAGGACCAGCGAGGAGUGCAUGUCAUGUAUGAUGAAGCCUUGAGUGAUCUGAAGGAGCUGGAGGCAGAAAUGCUGCUUGUAGCCAGCCAUUACAUUGAGAAAGAGAAAGGUCACAAAGAGGGCAGCAAGUCAAAUACUGGCCAGAACUGGGGAUGGGCCCAUGCAAGCGUGGACAGAUUUGCUGUGCUGUAUGACAUAUGGACCUGGGAAGCAACUCUUCUAGAAAAUAAGCGCCAGCUUCUUGACAGUUACUUUGAAGCCUACCAGCACGUGUUGGACCCCGAGGAGAGGUUUGCCUUAGCACAAGUGAUCACUGACAUCAUGCACAGGUGCCCAAGGUUUGAUUUCAGCCACCCUUAUUUCAUUAAGGCCUACAAAGAUGAAUGCACCUGCCUGAGGCUUCACUUGCAGCUGGUGAGGGGCAUCCUCAAUCAGCACAUAGAGCGCCAGCGGGAGUAUGUCCAGAGGCUUUGGCAAAGAGGCCAUCCAGAUGAUAGCAGUAACUUUGGACUUCCCCUUAACAUAAUUUGCAAACAACUUAUUUCCAUCAACAAUAGCUGCCCGUCUUUGAAAAACACGUAUCUGCUGGAGUUCCACCCUUCCCUGGGCCUGGCAUCGCUCAUCCCCCGAUCUCUUGAUCACCUUCUCCAGGAGGCCCGUCACACCUGCAGACCCACAUCAGCCAGCAGCCUCACCUUGCUGGAGAGACGCGUGCUGCGGCUGGCCCUGGAUAUGUGGCUCACACCGGCCCAGCCUGAGUCCUGGUACAGCCCACGUCUCCACAAAGAUCUGUUUUCAGCUAAAGUAAUGGGGGAUCCGUUUCUCAUGGAGGAGAUAGGUCUACUUGCACUCAAGUCCGCAGCAGACGAAAGACAGAACCAAAGCCAAGAUUCUCACAUGCUGCUCCUGGAGACAUUUUCCAAACUUCUGGAACUCGUGACCCUCCGCCACCGGCUGAUAGAAAUGAGUCUGGAGAGUGUACACUUAGCUCGUCUCUAUAAGGAACUGGCAUGGGAGAUGGGUUUUGAAGAGUACCAUUUGUAUCUGAGGCCUGUUCAUUUUGAACUUGCAUCACACAAGGACAAAGUGGACCAUCCACCUCCUGUUUUUAUCACCUCUCUGCUGGAGGACAGUGAUCGAGUGGACAGAUAUUCUCCUACUACUCUUAUGUUAGCCAUCUCUGAGGUGGAUGAUAACCAGGUUGGCAAGUUUAGCUUUUAUACGAAGGAAGCCAUCCUUAAGCUCUUAUUCCAUUCAGGAGUGGAAAACAUGCAAGUGACCCUUGCAUGCCAAGCUGCUCAGAAAAAUGCUUUGAUGGUGGCUGUCCAACAGGCAUCCUUCUAUCACACGUCCCGAUGGGGCUGUUCUGCUGAUGUGAAGGAAACAAGUUCAGAUCUGAGAAAUCAUGGUGGAAUGGGUCCAGCCAGAAAAAGAAAUUCUGGAAUUGUGAAUGGCAUAGAAAACUUGCGGUUAGCCCCAACUCCUAAAGUUCCAGACACUUUCACUCAUCCUUCGGAAAGAUUCCAGGCUACCAAAAGGGCGCCAGAGGCUUUUGUGUCUAUUCAACUAGAAAAGGUGGGGCUGCGGGACAUGAUGCUGAACGCCUUCCUCCUCAGGAAACAAACGAUGGCUGACAGAAUGAAGAACCAUGAUGAAAUUGGUAAAGUCAAGAGAGACGUUAUAGUUGAAUAUUGUCAGAAACUGAACUGCCAUAUGUCUCACUAUGCUCUUCGGGGUCAGAUCAUGGCAUACUGCAAUAGCCUGAGAGCCCUGCUGGAAGAUUUCCCUGCUAUCAGGGACACCUUUUUCAUUGUGGGGCAACCACGAGAAAAGAAAGGGUUGAGAGACUCCAAGGAGGGCCUCAAGGCUGACCCCAGGAGUUUUCAGCCCCGGCCACGAUGUUUGCUGUCUGCUGACGGGAAAGUCUUCCUCAAUUUAUGGUUCAUACCCCAUCCUUCUGAAGUGCUGGUUAUGUUCAAAACUCUGCCAGAAAAGGCAGCUUUUCAAGCCUUAAAGCUAACUCUACAGCUGAUAGCCCCUCUCCAUGACAUUGUGGCCUACCUUUUCAGUUUUGCUAAACUUGGAAAUUGCUCAACAUGUUUUAAAUUUCCUCUAAGUGCUAACCCUUUGAAAGGUGACUGGGGAGGAACUGAGGGCAUUGGGUCUGAGCUUCAAGAACUGCAGAAAAUGAUUGACAGCCUCCAGAGCCCCCAGGACCCUGCCCACGUGUCCCAGGCACUCCUCCUUCGAAGGGAGGUUAUAUUUUUGCAGUUUGAUGCUGCAGUGCGGCACCUCAUCCGAAGAACAUUUUUGGCAACUGGAAAUGCUUCUGCCUACCAGUCUGUUACAGACGGCAUGUACCAUGGAUUGCCACCACUGAGCAACUCUCUCGUGAAGAGCAUUUUUGCUUCACAGCUCAGUGUGCCUCAGCCACUAGAUCCACAGAGCCUCCAGGCAUCUGUGCUAUUCCCUUGGAGAGCAUUUCUAGAAGAUGGAGGACUGUUUCCAGUUAUGGGUAGCAGCCCAGAUACCCUAGAGUAUAAUAUGCAGCUGUGCCUCUGUAGGCUGAGUGACCGUGAUCUGAAGGUGGCUCAUGGAGAGCUGGUGGGCAUGCAGCUGCUUUUGGAAGAUGUGCUUCUGAGCAACUAUCAUAUGAUCAUGGAGGAUCAUGGAGGAUCCCCCCAGCAAGACACACUGGACAAAAACACACAGGUACUCUUGCCAGAUUUGUCCAGAGUGCCAGGAUUCAGAAGUCAGUUCCAAAGCAGCCCCAAGAUCUCCGAGCUGCUGAGGGGCCCAUGCAAUACGAUGAUGUCUCUUGCUUUCCUGAGAUCAUUUCUGGUGCUGUGGAAGCAGCUGGAAGUGCUGAAGGACCACUGGGGCCAGCUCAAACUGCAAGGCCAGGACGGCAGUUCUGUCUCCCUCCACAACCAGUUCUCAGAACUCUACAGAACUGACAUCCUCUACCCCAGCAUGAAAGCUAUAGCUAGGCGGAUGGGGAAAGAAGAUGAAUUUGAAGAUCUCAUAAUAAGUAGUCAGUCUAUUCUUCCCCCUAAAGGAGCUUCAGAAAUUGAAAUAAAAAUUCAACAGCUUCAGAAGCUUCUGGAAAAUCUUGAAAUUCAUAUGAUCCAGGAAGUAUUAAGAAAAGUUAAGAGAGAAAGAGCACUGGUUGUAUCAGAAAAGUCCAAGGACCAGGGUACUCUCCCUACAGACCUUUGGAAGCACCAUGUCAUGAAAGAAAACUUUUCAGUUAUCAGACCACAAAUAGUUGAAAAAUUUGUACAGAGAUUAAUGGAAAAUUGCCAGGAUGGUGGACUAGAGAUCACUUUCAGGAAAGAGCACCUUGAGGCCUGCCUCCUUUCCCUGGGUUGUGAAGUGAUGGCAAGAGAACGCAGCAACUUCGAGAGCUACUCCAUGUAUUAUGAGCAUGUGUUGGAGCAUGCUAGGCAGAAGCUCUGCCAGAAAGAACAAGAAUUAGAUCUUAUACAAAGAGGGUCGGGUCCUCCUGAAGACAACGCUGGUCAGGUUGCAGAGCUCAGUCAUAAUAUGAUCAUGGAAAUCACUGCUCUGAGAGCUCGACUCACAGAUUUGGAAGAAGAAAAUCUGAAUCUCAAAGAGAAGAUUAGAAAAGAAGUCCAAGAAGAAUAUGAAGCAUUAGUUCAGGCUCUGUUUGUGACAUGUUUAGACAUAAAAGAAAAACUGGAUGAGAAUCAGAUGAAUUUGAUCCAGAAAGUGUGUGAGCUCAUUGACGAAGUAAGAACAGAAGGGAUUGACAAUAUGAAGGCCCUAAAGAAAAAAUGGGGCUCUGCCAGACCUGAUGAAGGAAUGAAAGAAAACCCAGCCAAACAGGAGCAGCUGCGCGCCUUGGAGCAAGACAACUGCUGCCUGUCUGCCCUGGUGUGCAAAGUGAGAAGCCUGGGCCACUGGAGGUUGGCUGUGCAGCGGGCUUGCUUCCAGGGCCAGCUGAACAGGGCAGAGAAGGAAGCCAUGCAAAGUAAAAAAGAGUGUUUGAGCAUCAAGCUGAUGGCAGAACAAGAAGCGGUUUUAUUUCAUCAGCAGUUAGGGGUGCUACGGCAGGCCCUGGCCGGGGCUCAGGCCGCCAACACCAGGAUGCGCAAGCAGCAGGAGAACCAGGCUCAAUUGCUGAGAGAGCUGCAACACAGAGUGACGGAGGAAGCUCGCCACAGGCAGCAGCUGGAUCUAAUGAAGGCCUCCGGCAUGGAGAAGCUCUUGGAAGAUGUGCGGCAAAAGGACCAGCACCUGCAGCUCCUUACUGAAGAGGCAGAGAGGGCUUCGAAACUGGGCCGGCUUCAGCAGAAGAGAACUCAGACAGAACUCCGACAGCUGAGAAGCCGGCUUGUCCAGGAACGCAGUGUGAAGCUGGAUGCUUUCCAGCGCAUAGAAGAGCUACAAAGUCAGCUUAAUGACGCUGGGCGAUUGUCUGUCCAGAUGAGCUCACCAGGAGGACUUAUAUCUCGGGCUCAGUACUCCCUGAGUUCUGCUUCCACAUCAUUCAGAUACUCCCAGCAACACCUUUUAAAGACUAAUCUUAUGAGCAGUAAAAUAACAAGAAGGAUUCAAAGGCCAGAAACUGUACCUAUUAAACACAAAAAAAAGGUUGACAACGUCUUUCUACCCAAUGUGGUAGAAAAUGUUCACCUUUCAGCUUUUCAAGUUCACACGGCUCCAUCCAUAAUCCCAGAAGGACCCAACUGGUAAUCAUAUGCCCUCCAAGUUUUCUUUCUUUCUUUUUUCUUUUUUAAUGUUUAUUCUUGGGAGACAGUGAGAGAAAGAGCAUGAGCAGGGGAGGGGCAGAGAUAGAGGGAGACACAGAAUCCAAAGCAGGCUCCAGGCUCCGAGCUGUCAGCACAGAGCCUGACACAAGGCUCAAACCCACAAACUGCGAGACCAUGACCUGGGCCAAAGUCAGAUGCUUAAGCAACUGAGCCACCCAGAUGCCCCUCCAAGUUUUAUUUCUUUGAGCAUCUGAAUGAAUAAGCAUGAUUCGAACCUCCACUAAACCUUUAUCUAAUUUUUAUUAUCAGUAUCAGAAGAUAUAGUAUGGAAUGAUUGAGAUGAUAACAUCCUAAAAGUUCCAGGUGAAGUAGGAUUUGGCCUUAUGUCCUAAGACGGGAGAGUUGAUUUGCAUUUCUACAACCUAGGGCCUUUGGUCAACAAGCAGCCUCACAUUAUGGGUUCUAGAUUACUGACGAGGUGUGUUAGCCAGGAGAGAUGUCAUUGCUGCUAAGCAGUAUUUAUUAACAGUGAAAAAUCAGCACAGAGAUACAUCUAAACAAACUUCAAAGCACUUAUUGCUAUUUGUUUCACUUAAGAACAGCAUCCUCUCUUAAUAGUUUUUUUUAUUCUUCCUACAAAUACUAAAACCCUCUUUAGACUUUUGUAAAGUCCUAAUCCAAGUCUUUUUGUUCAGACAAGAAAAUGUAUCUUGGGUAAAGGAAUAAAUAGGUAGAUGAAUGAACAGAGCAGGCCAGAGAAAUAUUUACAUACAUAAAUUUAUACAUGAUAUAUGUAGCUUUUCAAAUUAAGGAGAAGGUUGAGUCUAUUCGAAGUAGAUUAAAUUAUCACCUUACACGAUACAUAAUGAAUUCUGAAUGGAUUCCAGAUAUAUAUGCACACACACACACACACACACACACAGACAUAUAUACAAACGUAUUUCUGAAAUAGAACAUGAAAAACAAAAGCCAAAAGGAAGAUUGAUGACUUUGAUAUCAAAGCUAAAAAUUCAGCAUGACAGGUGCCUGGGUGGCUCAGUCGGUUAAGUGUCUGACUUCGGCUCAGGUCAUGAUCUCACGGUUCAUGGGUUUAAGCCCCACAUUAGGCUCUGUGCUGAUAGCUCAGAGCCUGGAGCCUGCUUCGGAUUCUGUGUCUCCCUCGCUCUCUGCCC